GGAACGCGCAGGAGCUGCAGUGCAGGCGGGAGCCCCUCAGCACACAAAAGGUUAAAUCCAGGACAGCACUUCACCUGCUGCCAGUGAGAUCCGGUGCACCAGGCCGCUUCUACCACUGAAUACCCCAGGAAUGAAGAAUCUCACAGAGGAGGAUCUGCACGGCUUCCUGCAGCUAUCGGGUGGCCCUCGGCAGCGCCGCGUCUCCAGGGCGGUGGAGGAGGUCCGGCAGGUGGUCCAGCAGCUGACGGCGGAGAUCAGCGCGAGAGACUCGCGAUUCCAGACCAUCUCCAACUCGGGCGUUCACAGCGACAGUCUGAAGGACCAGCCGGAUUUAGUGGCUCACUGGAUGCUGCUGCUGCGGGGCAGGCGCUCCCUGCACCCCUGUAUACAGGUUAUGGCUCCGUCUCAGUUCCUGGUCACCGUCCCACUCCGAGGCCUCAGUGGUUUCCGCCAGAGGAGCACUCGCCGUUGGCGCUAUUAUACCCCAAGCGGAGUCCGGCUUCUCACCCCUGUUAUGGAGCCGGAGAAGAUGCACCAGUGGCUGGAGGUUGAGCAGUUCCAAAAGAGCACCCCCCACUGGCACGAGAGUGAUGUCAACAUCCAGGGGGACGUGGUGCCGGCCCGCGUGGUCAGCGUCUUCCAAGGUCUCCUCCUGAGGGCCAUCUGCACCUGCAACCUGUCUGACAAGGUGAGCGUCAUGGAGUCCAUCGGCCCCGUGAUUCGGGUGAAUGUGGAGACCUCGGUGCAGCCCGUGGAGGUUGAGCUCGUUCCGAUGAUCGAGGUGCCCGGCUGCUGGCCCAAGAAAGCUCGAUGGCCGCGGUUCCUGAAGCGGUGGCCCUCGAAAGACCGAGCUCAGUGCGUUAAGUCCUUUGGCUUUGACCUCCUGGCGCGGUCUAAUUACCACUGGCAGCUGUCUUUCCUGCGAGCCGAGCGCCUCCUGCUGGACGCCAUGGAUGAGGACGGCGGCUGUCGGGGGAAAUGUCUGCGCGUUCUGCGCCAGAUGAAGGAAGACGUUUGGUGUCCAGGAAACCGCCCCGUGAUAACGUCCCAGCACCUGCAGAUGGUUGUCCUGUGGGCCUGUGAGAGACACCCUGGCUCAAAGUCGUGGCAGGAUUUUGUCCGCUGCUUCCUGCGUCUUGUUCGGCGACUUUUGAAGUGUACGAGGCAGCGCUUCCUUCGCCAUUUCUUCGUCCGACGCGCCAACCUCCUGAAGUACGCAGACCCCGUGCAGCUCGAAGCGCUGGCUGACACGCUGAGCCGGUUCCUCCGGCACCCGUCCAUAACCACAGCGGCCCAAGAAGGAAACUCCUCGGCCUGUUAGCCUCCUCGCCAACAUCAUGAGAUCACAAACUUUACCAGUGAUGUCACCCCACCUGUCUCACCGCUCCUCCCGGGAUAGAGCUGGACCCCCACUCACCGCGCCCCCGGGGAAGGGCUGGACCCCCACUCACCGCGCCCCCGGGGAAGGG